GAUGACAACCUUUGAGUUGCGAAAAUGGAAAUAUUUCGUUUUAUUCUUGGAUUCUUACUAUCAAUUUUGAUCAUCCAAGGAAAUGCACAGUUUGAGACGAGUCCUGCUCUGGAAGAAAUUACGGAUUCAACUACCUUAGUGCUACUGGAGCCGAGCAGGACAGUGACUGACCUUGACAUUCCAACAUCAGGCCUUGACCUUCAGACUUCAUCAGCACCACAAAGUGACGCUUUGCCCUUUACAAACAUACCAGCUGUCACAAGUGACACACCUUUUGAACCUACAUCCACACCAGCUGAACUAGAAACAUCCUUCAAUGUUGCCUUAACCAGUUCUACACGUUUGUCAAGCUUGGACUUAGACCAAGGCUCUGUGUCAGAAUCAACUUUAAGUGAUUCACUGAGCACUUUGCAACUUUCUAGAACAGAUAGUGUAGUGGAUUCUUCACCAAGCAAUAGCUUUGUUUCGUCAGGAUCUGAAAAAUCAGUGUCUAGUUCUUCUGUGUCAGAGUUGUUCAUACAAAAUGUUGAAUCAAGUUCCAGAUCACAGGUGUCAUUGUCACAGUUACCUGAGCAAUAUAUGUCGACUUUUGUGUUGCUUGAGCAGUCAACAGAGCAAGUUGCAUCAAGUUCUGUGUCACAGGAUCAAGCAGCAUCGAGUUCUGUGUCACAGGAUCAAGCAGCAUCGAGUUCUGUGUCACAGGAUCAAGCAGCAUCAACUUCUGUGUCACAAAAUCAAAUUGUAUCAAGUUCGUUUUUCGAGGGCCAAAUAACAUCAAGUGCUGCUCUUCAAGAGCAAAUAACUUCAAGUUCAGUGCUACAAGAGCAAAUAACUUCAAGUUCAGUGCUACAAGACCAAAUAACAUCAAGUUCUGUUCUACAAGAGAAAAUAUCUUCAAGUUUUGUGCUAGAAGAGCAAAUAUCUUCAAGUUCAGUGCUACAAGACCAAAUAACAUCAAGUUCUGUUCUACAAGAGAAAAUAUCUUCAAGUUUUGUGCUUGAAGAGCAAAUAUCUUCAAGUUCAGUGCUACAAGAGCAAAAAACAUCAAGUUCUGUUCUACAAAAGCAAAUAUCUUCAAGUUUUGUGCUAGAAGAGCAAAUAUCUUCAAGUUCAGUGCUACAAGAGCAAAUAACAUCAAGUUCUGUUCUACAAAAGCAAAUAUCUUCAAGUUCUGUGCUAAUAGAGCAAAUAGCAUCAAGUUCUGUUCUACAAGAGCAAAUAGCAUCAAGUUCUGUUCUACAAGAGCAAAUAUCUUCAAGUUCUGUGUUAAUAGAGCAAAUAACACCAAGUUCUGUUCUACAGGAGCAAAUAACAUCAAGUUCUGUUCUACAAGAGCAAAUAUCUUCAAGUUCUGUGUUAAUAGAGCAAAUAACACCAAGUUCUGUUCUACAGGAGCAAAUAACAUCAAGUUCUGUGCUACAAGAGCAAAUAUCUUCAAGUUCUGUGUUAAUAGAGCAAAUAACACCAAGUUCUGUUCUACAGGAGCAAAUAACAUCAAGUUCUGUUCUACAAGAGCAAAUAUCUUCAAGUUUUGUGCUACAAGAGCAAAUAUCUUCGAGUUCUGUGCUACAACAGCAAAUAUCUUCAAGUUCAAGUUCAGUGUUACAGACAACUGGGCAAAUACCCCCUAGUUCAUACCCUCCAGUGCAGCCAUCAGAGGACUCUGUGUCACCAGAACAAGCAUCCUCCAGUGCACCAGUGUCACUGACUUUUCUCUCCAGCUCUCAGUCUGAGCUCCCAAGUGCCUCAGUUUUCUCAACUUCAACUGCAUCUUCUUCAACUCUCAUACAAGCAUCGACAUCUGAUGGUGUUGAUAUCUUGGAUUCAAGUAGUGUAGUCUCUGUCACAUCUGACACAGUGCCAGAACAGUCUGUCAUUUCAACAUCAGAGAUUCAAAUUAAUCCAACAAGUGUUUCAUCUCUCGAUGAUGUGACUUCUGUGGUAGCCCUGUCCGAAGGAUCUUUAAAAAUACAAUCCACUAGGUUGUCCACUAGCUCUGCAGCUCUACAAGAGAUCAGUGAGAGUUCCUAUGUGCCCUUUGAAGCCUCCUCUGUGCCCAUAGAUGCCUCUCUCCCAUCAUAUGACCAAACUGUGUCAAAUACAUUCCGCACAACAAGUAUUGACUUCACAGAAAGCCGAAAACUGACCAAUACAAUAUCUCCUAUGCAAAGUUCCGAAGAAAUGUCUUCUCCUGUGUCUGUAAAUGUUGAUAGUGUUAGUUUUGUGUCAAAUAAUGUGCAAUCUUCAUCACAAACAAUAAUGCCUAGUCAAAUACCAGAGAAUAUUCUACAGACUUCAGCUCAAAUCUUUGAAACCUCAGCAGACAGUCCUACUGUGAGUAUAUCACUGUCUGUAGCUACCAGCUCCAAACUGUAUGAUGGUAGUUUCUUGUCAACAAGUGUAUCAGCCCCUGCUCUAUCUGUGUCUGAAGACAAUGUGGUACCAUCAAGUUAUGCCAGCUUACAGUUUAGUACACUCCCUCCUGAAAUGUCAUCAUCUUCUGCAAGCGUUGCUGAAGAUGUUACAUCAUUCUUAUCUGAAUUACAAUCAAAAGAAUCCAGUUCAUACACUGACCAAUCACGGACUACACUGUUAUUUGAUGCCUCAAGUGCCUUAUCAACAUCUGGAUUGACUAGUGAAAUACUGCAUACAUCAGAAAACAGUUUGCACUUUCCUACCCAGACUGAAACACCAAGUAUAGCUACUAUUGCUUCUACCAAUAGCCUGUCAUCUGAACAGUUAUCACAAACAUCUGCCAACUUUGGAAGCCAAAGUGACACUGUUCCAUCUUUAAGCAGUAGUGAGAGCAUAUUGGCUAGUUCAUUCCCACAAGAAAUAAAUCUUGGAACUAAUUCUGUGAGAUCAACACUAGAGAUUCAGUCUUCAGGAAUUUCGUAUCAGACAUAUGCAAGUAGUGGAAAUGUGCAAAGAAUCCUUGCUACAACAGCAUCUCAGCAACUGACAGAUAUCAAUUCAGAAAGCCUGUUUUCAUUUGAAUCCAGUGAUGCAUCAACAACAGGUGGAGCAUUUACGACAGCAGUUGUACUGGAAUCAAGUUCCCAUCAGUCGGACAUCAUACUCACAUACACUUUGUCACUGACUGCCCCUAAUACCGGGUCAGCCUCAUCAUCUGAUGCUGCUGCUGUAAGUGAUGCUAGCAUCCAGGAAUCAUCCUUUACAGAGACUUUGAUACCAAGUCUGAGUAUCCUUUCAACAGUUGUGUCCAACACUGAAUCGGUGCAACCUGCAUUCCAGACGCCUUACCCAACAGACUCUGUCGUCUUUUCAGUUGUGUCGGUAGAGUCAUCAUCCAUCCAGCUGGCCAGUAUAUCCUUCCCUGCUCAUGAAACAAAUGUAAUAUUUACUUCGGAAACAUUGUCAUCACUAGAAACAGCUGCUUCAAACUUCUUCCCAACUCAAUUCAGCAGUGCAUUGGACGUAGCUUCCACCUCAAGUGGAGUGUCUGGUUCCCAAAGUUCAUCAAUUGAUUCUGUCUCAAGUUUAUACCAAUUCAGCAGCAUAUUGAAUCUAGAUUCAACGUCUCUUGGUUCAUCCACAAUUGAUGUUUUAGGAACAGUGUCAGAAUCAUCUUUUCAAACAAACCUUGUAUCAAGGCAAGGCUCUGAAUUUCUUUCUUCAUCCCAAGAAUUACUCUCCUCCAGCCAAAGUGUUAUUAGUGUUGUUCCGUCAUUCAGUGAGAUCUCCUCCACAGUUCCUAAGACGCAGCUGUCAUCAAGUCCCCAAUGGUCUGGAUCAUCUGAGGUUGCAUUUACUGGUUUCACACUUCAGAGUGACUCAGUCACUACAUCAACAGCAGAGUCGGUGUUGGGUACAAUUGAACCAUCAACUUCUGGAUCUGAAUUGCAGUCCAUAGCAUCAUCUCCUCUACUGCCAAUAAUCAUAGGAUCUGGCAGAGCAACGGAAACUGAAUCAUUUGGAACAUCGACUAGUGGCUCAUUUUAUGAAAGUCAAAGUGUCCAGACCAAUUUGAUAAGCUCGCAACUUUUGUCAAGCACUAAUGACAUUCCAGGAAGCAGACUCUCAGAUUCUUCUCUUCUGUUACCUUCUGGUUUGGACCUAUCAACUGGAUUUCCUUUCAGUACAGCUUUUUCAACACCUUCCCUUAUCUUCCCAAAUCCAUCCAUCAGCACUGCUAAUAGUGAGUCUGUUCCAGCCUCUUUCACAUUCAGCACAGUUUUACAGUCUUCUACAGCUCCCAUUGUGAUCCUGCCAACUUUUGAACAGUCAUCUGCAAUUUCCUCUUUUGAUAUAUCGCUUAUGAAACCGUCAUCAUCACUCUUUGGAACACAGUCAUUUUCUGGAUUCAGUGAUAUUGUGUCAUCAAACUUGGCUUCCAUGAGUUAUCCAGGAGCGUCGCUGAUGGCAUCAGAAUCUGUGUCAAGCAUUGAACCUGUGAUCCCAGUCAUCUCCUUGACAGAGAGCCAGACCACUUUGUUCGGUGACUCCCUACCAACAGAGCUUCUAUCCAUGACUGCAACUGGAUCACAAAGCUUUACAGUCUCCACUUCAGUAGUAUAUGAUUUUAGUUCAGUAUCCAGUUCAAGUGAAGGCAAUUCCACCUCUAUUGAUGUCACCAGGCCAAGUUCGCUGCUAUUUUCACAGUUACCUAUACCAACAGGGAGUACAGCAUUCCUGGUCAGCAGCUCAGAUCUGUCCACAAACUCAUCCAUUGGAGGAAUAGUUUUCCCAACAUUCUCAGGAUCAUCAGCCUCUGUUAUCUUUCCUUCUGGAUCUGACAUCUUCCUGACAACAACUGGGAGUUUGAUUGCAUCAGAUGUCAGCUCUGCUUCGCGAGGAUUUGUUCCUGUUCCUACCUUAUCACUGGGCAGCUUGAGUGACUCUUCAGUGAUUCCACUUGUGACUGAAUCAAGCAAUGGUCUGCCCUCACAAGGACCUUUUGAAUCACGCACCAAUUUGCCUUCACUGUCUUUAUUUGACACAAGUACCAUUUUGCCUACACAAGGACCAUUUGAAACACUCACAAACUUGCCUUUACAAUCUCUAUUUGACACAAGUACCUUUUUGCCUUCGCUAGGACCAUUUGAAACAAGCACCAAUUUGCCUUCACAAGGACCAUUUGAAACAAGGACCAAUUUGCCUUCACUAUCCUCAUUUGACACAAGUACCAUUUUGCCUUCACAAGGACCAUUUGAAACAAGCACCAACUUGCCUUCACUAUCUUUAUUUGACACAAAUACUAUGUUGCCUACACAAGGACCAUUUGAAACACGCACCAACUUGCCUUCACAAUCCCUUUUUGACACAAGUCUCUCUUUGCCUUCGCAAGGACCAUUUGAAACAAGCACCAAUUUGCCUUCACAAGGACCAUUUGAAACAAGCACCAAUUUGCUUUCACUAUCCUCAUUUGACAGAAGUACCAUUUUGCCUUCACAAGGACCAUUUGAAACAAGCACCAAUUUGGCUUCCCAAUCUCUAUUUGACACAAGUACCAUUUUGCCUUUUCCAAGUCCAUUUGAAACAAGCAGCAAUUUGCCUUCACUAUCUUUAUUUGAAACAAGCACCAUUUUGCCUACACAAGGACCAUUUGAAACACGCACCAACUUGCCUUCACAAUCCCAAUUUGACACAAGUCUCUCUUUGCCUUCGCAAGGACCAUUUGAAACAAGCACCAAUUUGCCUUCACAAGGACCAUUUGAAACAAGCACCAAUUUGCCUUCACAAGGACCAUUUGAAACAAGCACCAAUUUGCUUUCACUAUCCUCAUUUGACACAAGUACCAUUUUGCCUUCACAAGGACCAUUUGAAACACGCACCAACUUGCCUUCACAAUCCCAAUUUGACACAAGUCUCUUUUUGCCUUCGCAAGGACCAUUUGAAACAAGCACCAAUUUGCCUUCACAAGGACCAUUUGAAACAAGCACCAAUUUGCUUUCACUAUCCUCAUUUGACACAAGUACCUUUUUGCCUUCACAAGGACCAUUUGAAACAAGCACAAACUUGCCUUCACAAUCUCUAUUUGACACAAGUACCUUUUCGCCUUCACAAGGACCAUUUGAAACAAGCACAAACUUGCCUUCACAAUCUCUAUUUGACACAAGUACCUUUUCGCCUUCACAAGGACCAUUUGAAACAAGCACCAACUUGCCUUCACUAUCCUCAUUUGGAACAAGCACCAAUUUGCCUUCACAGAGUUCAUUUCUGACUAGUGGCAUUUUGCAGACGGAAAGUUUGUCUGACACAAGCUUCAGUUUGCCUUCACCAAGUUUAUAUCCAUCCAGUAGUUUCCUCCCUGUUUCACCAACAAGAAUUCUGAGUUCUUUGUCAGGCAUAUCCAGUCAAGAAUAUACAGACAUAUCAUCUCUAUUCACAAGAAGUUACAUAUCGGCACCAAGUGCUUUGACGUCCCUGAUCUCAACCACUGGAUCUCCUCCGUUUGUGAGCUCCUCAUCAAUAGCACCUUCAGGAGCAUCCUCAGAAACAUUUGGAUCCUUAAGUUCUGAGUUCAUGGAAAGCAAUAUCGCAUCCUCAUCUGAGAGCACCAGUGUGAUAAUACUUUUACCAUCAUCUAAACUUUCAGAUAUGUCUUCAGUCAUAUUUCAGACAACAGGAACUGUUUCGGACAGUUCUUUAUUCGGAACAACGACCAGUUUUACCGACAUCUCAAUAGACUCAUCUCAAUUCUCAGCCGCCUCCUCAGUGCCUGUUACAGUGUUACCAUCUCCCAGCAGUAUGGUGUCAGAAUCUAUUUCAAUAAGUGGAGUUACCUCCCUUGAGUCAAGGUCACCAGUUGACAGUUCUUUACAGCCAGAUACAACCACACUUGUGCCUACUGAUAUCCUAUCAACGCCCAUAUCAAGCGACACAAUUUUGUCUCCAUCUUCAUCUGUGAUAAUAUCAGCAAGUGAUACGAAUGUGAUAUUUUCGAGUUCUGUUUCCAUGGUGAUUGUGUCGUACUCACAGACUGACAUAUCCAGCAGGGUGUCUGUGGACACAAGUACUCCAACUGAUGUUGUCACAACAGUUGUUUCAAGUUCAUCUGAACCAACACCAAGCUCAGUGACAGAGUUGUCAUCAUCAUUGACACCGACUCCCACGUCAUCUUCAUCAGCAACACCGUCAUCGUCUGUCCUGCCGUCACCACCAACCACUACUCCAUCACUCAACACCAGUGAUGCACUCAAGGAAUUCUGGGUGAACACAGUGAUCAAGGUGCGUCAGUCAGAAGACGUGAGCUCUGAUGCGUUCAAGGAGAAGAUGGAGGGGAGGUUGGCCGGGGUGUACGGGGAGGCCUUCGCCCGUGAGGAGAUGAUCAACAACGGGACGUACCAGCCUCUCAAACGUCGCAAGCGAUAUGCGACCUCUCCCGAUGGCAACAUUAAGCUACAGGUUGUGAAUGUGGAGCGUGACACGACCUCCAACAAUGUCAAACUGACCUACCUGGCCGAGAAGGAUGGGAAGAUGAUUCCGUCGGACAAAAUGGUGCACACGCUGGAGCUGCUUGACCACCAGGAAGUAGCCCUCGGACUCGGAUAUGUCGUAGACACUAAAGCAGAACCCUAUGUACCUGUCCCCGUCCAACCCCCUGAGGAGGACAAGAAGUUGUGGAUCAUUGCCGCAGUGCUGGGCCCCAUCGCCCUCAUCAUCCUCAUCUGGAUCAUCAUCUGCAUCGCCUGCCGCUGCUGCUGCAACCGCAAGACCACUGCCGAUGCAGAGGAGCCUCACCUGAUGAAAGUUCGAAGGGAUGGAGCUCAGGUUGAGAGUGAGGCUUCCGGUGCUCCCCCCGACUACCCCCCUGAACAGGGGAGCAAGCGGAGCAGCAGUGCGGGGCUCAUCAAGGCCAGCGGGAAGAAGAUGUCCUACGAGGUGAACCCCGACCCCGACGAGGAGGCUACGCUGUACCCGGAGGUGAAGAAGCUGGUGGACGUUGCCAGAACCAACAGGAAGAAGAAGCAUCCAUUGUCCAGUCCUCGGUCAGAAGCCAAUGACUCCAUGACGUACGUGUCCGAGGAUGACCGCUACGCCACGCCGGCCAGGAGGAAGGGGACGAAGCAGAACAACAUACCAAGAGAAGCUGAUGAUUCAAGCUCCCAGAUUGACAACAGUUUGGAGCCGAGGCCCAAACCCCUACCUAUACCCAGACACAGCAGACCCCUGCACAGCGAGCCACCUGCCUCUGCCCAGGAGGAGGAGGAACUCCUUGAGAGAGCUGAGAUGGAGAGAAUAAAGAACAAACAACGAUUGAGAGAGCAGCGCAAGAGAGAAAGGUUUGGUAACACAGACCCCCCUCAGAGUGGAGAUCACGAGGUCAGGCAGGUGUACAAGAAGGCCCAGAAGGAGAUUGAUGCUGUCCUCGGCUCCCCUGACCAGGACGGCAACCUCCCGGACGUAUUUAUGCAUAAACCAAAGAAACGGUCCACUCGUCAUAAGAAAGAUCCACAAGAAGGACAUACUAAUGAGGCUUUCACCGAGGAUGAGCAGGAGGGAUCAUCUCAGUCCGGGGAGUCUCUGGACGAGGCCAAGCGAAGGAUGCACAAGCUACUGGACGAUGCGUUCUCCCUGAUCUCUUCCAGCAGGUCCAGCAUAGGGUCGGUUUUAUCCUACGGCAAGAAAAGGAACAAGGUGACCCCUGUGUCAAGUCCAACAAAGCUAUCUUACACAAGCCUUUCUGAAAGUCGGAAGAAGGACGACGCAUCAGAGGUCACCCCAAGAGCUAAUGGAUCUGUCCCUAAAGAGAGCAAGGAAUCAAAGCAGCCAGCAGAGGAAGAGAAGAAGCACACCCCGCUGUACUUCAACCCCACCUACACGGGGCAGGAGGAAGGGUCCCCCAGGCUGGAGACCUGGAGCCCCUACCGGGCGGCGGACGAGGUAGCUCUCAUCUCCCUACCACAAACACAGACUGUGAUGGACAAGACCCCGACACAGGAGCGCCUUCAGACAACCACCUUCAGCGAGUCGUACCCGACCAGCAUGCGUGACAGCUACUAUGCCACGGAACCAGCCAAGCCUAUUGUGAUCAGAACUAAAGACUUAGACAUUGACCCCCAGGGUACCACAAACUCAAAACCCUCCCAGCCCAAACAUCAAACGGUUAACGGCAUCGGGACGGGGAUGGGCAAGUCUGGCCUGCCCAAUGGGGACACCAGCUACCCUGGAAUGACAGGCUAUGAGGACAUACCAUUGCAUUCUUUCGGGAGUAAAUCUCACACACAGGACUCUGUGAAGGAAAAUGGAGGUGUCAACGGAGGUCUCCAUGGAGGUCUCAACGGAGGCCCACAUAAGCCUCCCACGAAGACCUGGGCCGGUCAAGAUGAAGUGGAUGUUGUGUCCAGUCUUGAGCCUGGAGCCUCUCCCCGGCCUUUCAUCCGGUCGCUCCGUGAAGAGCUGGAGCAUUUGUCCACUAGAAUUGGAGAACCUGGAAAUACAGAUUCACAUGGAAAUGCACUGGCAUAGUAGUAGCAUGUAAUGAUUUCAUGUGAAUCUAGUUCUGGAUAGACACUGAUAGUCGGAUUCAUAGGUAUUCAUCAUUGUGGUUGUGGAAUCAGUCUGAUCAGAUUUAUGAUCACGGUUGUUGUGAUCAUUCCCGUUGUUUAAGACGGGGAGUGCUUUUAAAGAUUGUUAUGUUUAUGACUGAUAUUUUAAUGGUGGAUCUUACCAAGUAUUUACAAAUUGAACAAUUCGUUGUUCAUUUUUAUUCAUAAAAGAAUCCUUGUCCUUUUGAACAUGCAGAAACUUGGAUCUUUUAUAAAAUUCUACCAUGACUGUUUAAUUUAAUUUUCUCAGAUGGAUCAGAUUUGAUUUAUUUUCGUACUUAUGCGUCCUUGUCAUCACAGUGAUGAUGUUUUGUUUUAUGAUGACUCAGCAUUUUGAGAACUGUUACCUGAUGCUGUGGGAUUUCUUUUCAGCAAACAUGACAUGAAUGAAUUCUGUGCCAAUUAAUGUGUUAUGUGAAAAAUAUUACAACUCUGUAUUGAGUAGUGUAUGUGUGUCCUGUCUUCAAAAGAAACAAAGAAAGAAGGCCUGUAUACUGCUGCAAACAACUAAGGGAAUGGAUACAUAGCGACUGGUGACGUUGUAAAUGUGUUACCGUUUACACCUUGUUUUGGGAGCAACCGUCAAAGUGAUGCAGCUGAAGAUGUUUGCCACUUUGGUGAAACCUACAAGCAUGGCUGUGGUGCUGACAAACCAAGAAACAUAAGCUGGACGACUUGCAGAUUCAAACCCAUCAUCAUAGAAUUCUGGCACGCCUAAGGAAUGUAACCCAGCAAAUUGCAGGUCUCAGACAGUUUGGUCCCUUUGGAAGGCGGACCACAAACUGUCAGCUGUUUUUGUUUACCAACCCAAGUUUUGUACUGUUAUAGUGUUUAGUUUUAACAUAUUUUAUUCCAUCGGAAUAAAUAAUGUAAGGUAUUUAAAUUAUUCUUGCAAUGGACAAAUACUGUUCAACUGAGAAUACAAAUUUAUUUUGACAAUAAAUACACUUUGAAUGAAUCUCAUUAAGAUGGAUGGAUGGUCACUUGAACAUUCCAGAAAAUAAUUUGUUUCAAUGUACCAUUGUUAGGCCAUUUUGUAAGAUGUGUGCAGGUAUACAAGAAUAACCUUUCAUUUGUGCUUGAGUAACCACAAUGUCAGAAUAAUAAGAUUACUUAAUUUUCAUAAUGUUCUUAUCAUACAACCAGCUGAACGUACUUUGUUGCACACACCUGAUAUUUAUUUAGUGCUGAAAUUAAGCAUGGAUGUCAAGAGGCCAUUUCUAUAACCCCAAUGUUAAAAUUUAUGGGGAGUUAAUUACUGUAAGAGCAACACUCAACGACCAAGGAUUCCCUUAAUUUUGAACUCUUGUAUUAAUGUUUUUAGGAAACUAUGCAAGAAAAUUAGUUCUUAGGUCCUAGAGGCAGAUCCAGGACUUUGUAGAAAACCAAUUCACAAAGUGAACAAAAACAUCAUAGGGUCUGAUUCAGGUUGAUGUGUUGGAAAAAAGGGGUACAUCCCCCACAUCCAUUGCACCCCCUGUACCUGGAUCUGACAGUGUAGAUGAUGUUAGAUACACAAAUUCUCAAUAAAGGAUUGGGUUUUGACGGACAAACAAUAUCAUUGACUUUAGUACCCAACCAGGGGAGAUAACUCCUACCUUCAACACAUGUGUUGCAGACAUGGAAGAAACUGUACAAUACCGGGACUAUUUCAACUUGUAUGCUGUGAUUGUGUGGCAUUUUAAUGUUGAAAAUCAGGGUAUGCAAUUCCAGGUCUGGUUUUAAGGCAUGGGUCUUCAAGUCCACACUUUGUAGCAGCACAUGUUUCCAGUCUCCAGCAGGGGAUGAAGGGACCGUGUAGGGUGAGCAUCACCUGAUGUGUCUGUGUCAAACAUGUGAGGUCUUCCCAGAGGCAGUAGACAGCAGAGAUCUGACACUGUAUUGUGCUAAAGGCAGUAGACAGCAGAGAUCUGACACUGUAUUGUGCUAGAGGCAGUAGACAGCAGAGAUCUGACACUGUAUUGUGCUAAAGGCAGUAGACAACAGAGAUCUGACACAAUAGUGCUAGUAGCAGCGUACAGCCACGGCUUCAUGCUCUGUGUUUGUUUUGUGUUGUUUAGAAGGACACCAGAUGAGUUAUAUCCUGUGAUUUCAUGUCUUAGAGAAAACACAAAUUUUAUUUAGGAACUGGCGCGUCAUCAAGUGUACCUUCAGGCCAUGAUUUAUUUCUGCAUAAAACACUAAAAUGGGACCAACUUCACUCAUAAAUAUUUGAAAUGUCCAUUCCUGAAAACCAUUUAUUUAAAUGCUCAGUUAUGACCCACUGAUAAGUUAACCUGUUUAAGAAGAUGAAAACCUGCUCAAAUGCUUGUCUUGUUGUCAUGAUCCUCCAGGUCAAGUACGAUAACAUCCUGUUCUGUUUUAACCCGAGAAAUCUCCAUAUCAAUAUUUUCACCCUCAAAUAUCUUAUAUAUCAUGUAGCCAUAUUCGUCAUGAGCUACCAGAACCUUACUUUCAUGUGAUGAUAAUGACUGGUUUACCUACAGCAACAAAUGUAUGUUAUUGGCAUGAAACACAGAUCUAUAAUACUGAGAGGGUGAUGAAAAACAAGAAAAACAUUUUGGGGUUGGACUCCAAAAUAGGCUUGACUAGGGAACACAUUUUUGGCCUUAUACAACAGGAACACCACCAUGUCUUUCAUGAUUGUCUGGUUGCAUUGUAUCACAUGUGGCCAUGCUUAGUCCUUCACUAGUCAGAAGAUCAGAUGUAUCACAUAUCUGAUGUCUAUUUAUUGACUUACUGUGUUUGCCAUGCUUACCAUGUACUUCUAUAUAAUAAUGGAGCUUAUUUUCAAAGUCACUGAUUGCUCAUCCUCGAUAGUCCAGGGUAUGAUAUCUCCAUGCUGUUAUCAUAAAUACUGUGUACCUAUUUGCGACCAUAGCUCUGUUCUGAGUCCUAUUGAAAUGAUGUGGAGCUAAAAAUAGUCAUCCAAUCAAAUUAUACAAUUCUUUCAUGAUUGCAACAAGUGGCGAUAUCUCCAGUAUUCAACCAGCCUUGUUGCAUGCUGGUUAAAAUACAACUGGGAAUGCCAUGUGGUAUGACCUACUCAUGUAAACAAUUUUCCAGCAAAAUAAAAUUCACCUGAGUUAAUGAAAUAUAUCGAGGGCUUGCUCUGACAAGUCCCCAAUUUUUUAUUAGAAACACGUUUCCUUGAUACUCGGUAUAAAGUGAUUAUAUCUGCUCAGGGGCGGUCGGGUAGCCUAGUGGUUAAAGCGUUCGCUCGUCACGCCGAAGACCCAGGUUCGAUUCCUAACAUUGGUACAAUGUGUGAAGCCCAUUUCUGGUGUCCCCCGCCGUGAUAUUGCUGGAAUAUUGCUAAAAGCGGCAUAAAAACCAUACUCACUCACUCACUCACUCACUUUGACAUAGCUUUGUUGGCGAAUGGGUCCAGGGUAUUUAUGAUGAUAAAAUGGAGAUAUUCAUGAGGGUGCUGAAUACUACACAUGAUGAAUAUCUGGCCCCUGGUAUUCCUUGAUGCAAGGAAUAUUGAAUGUUAUUCUGGAAUGCUGGUUCAUUCCUAAUAUUCAAGUGUAUACAGGAUGAGUGACAGAGUCGGGAUAUGAAGAUACAGUUGCAAGUUGUCGUGUUGUUCUCACAACUUUUCUAUUAUUAUCCCGAUUCUGUCCUGUCACAAGUUUCCUGACUGUCUUAGGGCACAGCCAAAUACUCCAGUUCCCAGGAUAGCAGAUCAGCGAUUAUAUAAUGGAAGUCUCGCAUAAACGUCACUUUUCACUUUCCACUCCAAGCCCACUUUGUAAUUCUUGAUGUACAGACAGUUCAAACAGUAUUGACACGUAAGGUUUAAGAACUUUAUCAGGAUAUGGCUGUACUGCUAUAAAAGCAACAAAACCCUUUCCAUAAUAAGAAAUAUCUGCUAAAAUGACAGUCUGUUGCAUAAUUCUGAUUGUAUCAUGAGCAUGUGUUUAUGAAUCACUAUCAGAUGGUGAUGAAACCAGGGCCCACUUACACAAAGCGAUCUUACCGCUACAACUAUUGUAAGCCUAUGUUAAAGUAUGGGCGGGACGAUCAUCUUAGGGCUACGACUAUUGUAAGCCUAUGUUAAAGUAUGGGCAUUACGAUCAUCUUAGCGCUACGACUAUUGUAAGCCUAUGUUAAAGUAUGGGAGUUACGAUCAUCUUAGUGCUAAGAUCGCUUUGUGCAAGUGGGCCCAGGGGUUGGGAAAAGGUGAAUGUGACCCAGUGACGAAGGCUCAUUGUAUCAGAGUCUUUGGCUGUGCUCCAAGUCUAGUUUUCUCAGUGUAAUGAGUACUUAUCAUAAUUAAUAAUCAGAUUCAUAUUCAUCAUAAAACUGUUGCUUCGAUGACUUGAGUCAAACCUGCUAGGUCUGCCCAUUAAGGAUGAUCCUAGUCCUGCUUUAAGAUGAUGUACUGCCAUAGUUGUAGCCGAACCCAUAUCAGCUCUCAGAUCCCAUACCCAGGGCUUGUUUCAUGUGACUCCAUAUGGUUUUCAUGGUGCUUAGGACAUUGAGGAAAGGAAGUUUCAUUGCUUGAUAAAUGUUGUGAUGUGUUUAUUAGUUUAAGAGCUAUACAAGGCAGAUGAGAAAACAUAUGUCUUUUCUUCAACAUUUAAAUAUUAAGCAGGAUUUAGAGCAACAAAGUUCAGGCUUAAAUCUCUUUUUGUUUCUUGUUUUACUUCAUUCAUAAGCCGACCUAUUUAGAAAUUUAUCUGGACCUGCUCAGAGGCCGAUAGUCGGCGCCAUGUCUGCUAUAAAUGUCAAUACAAAUUCCCAAUCUGUAUCUAACAUUUCUCAAGUCAUAUUGCAGUGUAUUAAGAUAUAUAACUAAUUUUAAGGCUUUAGAACCUGUAUUCACUUAUAACAAGACCAAUAAAUUGGAACAGGUUUUAAUGCUUCGUUUUAUGUUAUUGCACUUAAUGCAAUUUCAAAAUACCUUAGAAUUUAAGAAAAUAUGAACUUUAAAAACAAAACAAUUUUGAACAAACUACCCGGUAAUGCUUUUUCCCAAUUUGCCUGCCAGGGGCUCGGAUAAAAAUCCUAAAUAAAUCUCUGCGAUUUCGUUGUAGUCCCCAACAAGGGAAGUUAACUCUUUGUAAGCCAUUGUCCACAUGUAUUUAAAACAAAGUUUGAAUAGUGAUUUAGGUAUUAUAUUAACAGUGCACUCCACUCAUGAUGCAUCCGCUUGUAUGUUAAAGAAACAUGAUCUCUGAUUGGUUGAAUCCGGCUUCUAAUAAGAAUUUUAAAGUCAUAAUAUUUUGACUUUGCCCCACACAGUGACAUCACAUAAAUGAUGUUCUGAUGUAAACAAACAACUAGGAACGAACAGUAUGGGCAAACUGGCUUCAUUUUUACCUCAAGAGGUAGUAGUUAUAUUAUGGAACUUGAUACUGAUAUAUCUUACAUGGUCUGCAUCACGGCCGAUGACCAUUAAACAUCAUGUGUUACAUUCUCAAGGAAGAGAAAACAUUUAUUUCUUAAACCAAAAUGAAGAUCAUUUGUCUGCCUGAUAAGACUUUGAAAUGUAGGCCUAGAUCGACAGUGUUGACUGUGAUAGUAUCUUCAGACACAAUGAAAUGGUUUUUAUUAUGGGAACUCUUUUAUAUAAUUGAUGUUAAUGAAUUGUAUUAUUAAAUUUGUUAAAUUUGUCUGUCCAUCCCCGUCCAGUUUUCAAGACACAUAUCAAAAUCUUGAGAAGUGAAAUAUGGUACUUAAAAUAUGCAAAGUUGUGAGUAAUAACUGCAAAUUGUUAUCGUUUAUGUAUCAUAGUAUUUUAUUGUUUAAGCUUGAUAUGUGACUGGUGAUGUUCUGUGGAAACAUGGAAUUAAUUUCAUUUUAGAUGGGCUAAAGUAGCCAGAGAACAAGGACAGAUGAGGACUCUUUUUGUCCCACAGGGUCUGCGUAAUUUAAGAAUUGAGCCAAACUUACUGGAAAGGGCUGGGACGAUGCACCAGCAGUGUGAUACGAUACGUAUCAUGAUACCUUGCUCACAAUCCAACAGUAUCAUGAUACAUGCAUGUGCUCUUAUCUGUGGCUAAGCCAUUUUUUUCAAAGACAGCAUGGCCAAAUACCUGGCACACUAACGAUUUACAGCUGACAUAAUGGAUGAAAAUACUUAUUUUCACUACUAAUUAGUGUUUAAUGUAACAGUUUUUUAAGCAAACACUGAAGGUAAGAAUCAAUAUUUUUUAUUUAGUGUGCGACUGUGAUUGAUACUUGUAUCGAGAAGUAAAAAAUUGUGAUCCUCCGAUGCAUCGGUACAUCAUCCCACAACUAACAUCAGAUGAUACAUGGCUGUGAGCUGGACUUUGUUCAUGUCAACAGUUGUGUGUUGGGAAUUAUAAAAAAACUGAAUACAUAGGUAAGGCUAGAAUCUGUCAAAAAGGCUGAUUUAGAGGCUUUGUGAAGGGUUUUUCUAAUAAUUGAGAAGGUCUUUGUCCCAAGCUGAUUUUUGUAGACUUGUACACAAAAACAUUACAAACAUAUCAUAAAUUAUUUCAUCUUGGGUCACAGACUGGCUCAUACUUCCUUUGAAGUUUAAACGCUCAGCCCUUUUCACUCAUUUUAGCCAUAUUUCUGUAUCUGACCAUGAGGGAAGUCCUUGAAAACUUGCAAGUGUAAAAAAGAAAAGAGUUCACUUGUCAACUUUUUGACCAUGUCUGAUCAUUUUCAUACCAAUAUUACAAAGUUUUUCACAAUUUCAAGGGGCAAUGGGGUAGCCUAGUGGUUAAAGCGCUGGCUUGUCACGCCGAAGACCCGGGUUCGAUUCCCCAAAUGGGUACAAUGUGUGAAGCCCAUUUUCCGGUGUCCCCCCCCCCGUGAUUUUGUUGGAAUAUUGCUAAAAGCAGCGUUAAACCAUACUCACUCACUCCCUCAAAAUUUCAAAAUUUGACACUUCCAUUGGGCAAAAGGGUCCUUGUCCUAUGUCAUCCCUUGUCUCUCCAUGCCAGGACAUUGACCUCAUGCACUCAGUUUCUAUAUGAGUAUUAUUGAGAUUUACGUCUUGUUUAAAGGUUGUCACACAUUAUAUAUAUCCAAUAUAUCCAUGGGGAACAGUUUCAUAUGUACUGUUUAUAUCACACUUUGUUAUUGCAUAACAUCAUGGUGAUCGGUAUUUGUUACAUCAGCGGAACUUGUACAGAUAUAGAGCUGAAAUGUAUGUACAUAGACUUUGUUACACACUACACUGUAAUAUACAAUAUAUUUUGUAAUGUAACUGAUAAUAAAAUACUAAUAAUUAA